UGACAUUGUGGCCACAGAUAUAAUUAUUGUACGAACGUAUAUCUACACCAAUUAUUCUCUACGGCUGAGUAACCUUAUCGCCAAAAUGACAAUAAAUAUCAAACAUUUGCCACCCCCAAAUUAUUGCGAUUCACUCUUCUCCUCAUCAUCUUCCAAUCAGGAGAUACCUGACGGAUUUAAAUGGCCAAGAUGGAACCGCUAGGUGGUAACAAAGGAGAAGGAUUCAACGAUGUUGGUUAUGAAGGUGUGAAGAAAAUAACUGUGGGAGCUGAAGACGUAAACAUAACUUAUAUCAAGAUCGAAUACGUAAAGAACGGAAAAGUCGAGAUCCGUGAGCAUGGAGCGGCUCAUGGGGAACUGAAAGAGUUUUCAGUGGAUUAUCCGAAAGAUAGUAUCACUGCCGUUGGUGGAACCUACAAGCAUAUUUACUCUUAUGAUACAACGCUUAUCACAUCGCUGUACUUCACAACCUCUAAAGGAUUUACCUCGCCGUUAUUCGGUGAGAUGAAGGGAACAGAAUUCGAGUUCAAAGGUGAACAUGGAGAAAAGCUUAUUGGAUUUCAUGGACGUAGUAGUAAUGCUAUUGAUGCCAUUGGAGCUUACUUUAGUACUGGCGACAACUCAAACAGUGGAAGCGGAUCUAACAGUGAAUUUAGUACUCAAAAACUUGAUGCACAAGGUGGCAAGGGAGGAAAUCAAUGGGAUGACGGAGGCGAUCACGACGGAGUGACAAAGAUACACGUUGCCGUUGGCCGAGGCAUUGAGCAAAUCAGGUUUGAUUAUCUCAAGAACAGACAAACAAAUGAAGGACCUGCCCAUGGUGUGAAGGGGGGCAGAUCUUCCAUUAGAACGUUUGAGAUAAGUCGUCCCAACGAAUAUCUACUUUCUGUGAAGGGUUGGUCUGAUUCAACCAACAAGAUUGUGGGCAUUAAAUUCAUAACCAACACAAAUACUUCAGAGUGUUAUGGAUUUGAAAAAACUCCUGGAGAAGAAGGUACAGAUAUUUCACUUGAAGUAAAAGACAAGAAGAUUGUCGGUUUUCAUGGAUUCGCUGACUCCCAAGUCAAUUCUCUUGGUGCUUAUUUCGCUCCAGUCGCCAGCUGAAAACUUUGUUGGGUUCAUUUCUUGAUUUCCCUAUGAAUAAGGCUACAUCAGAGCCAUACCUGUGGAUAUCCGGAUGGGCUAUGUCUUAUGUUUUGUGUUUCAGUGCGAUGUUUGUGUUGUCACUUGUGGUUUUUUUUAUAAAGGAUGUCUAUGUUUAUUUUCAUUUGGAUCUGUUUUUAUUUGAAUCUUGUAACUAAAUUUGAUUUUCACUUGAAGUCUAUUAGCCCUAAUUUUUUUUUCA